UUCCUGCUUCUCAUCAGCCAAUUGAUCUCAGAUUCUUCCUCUCAACUCUUAAGUCUAAAAGUGAAAUCAAACGAUUCUCGUUUAGGGUUUUGUCGAUAGCUCUGCUUCUUAUUGCAAUUCCUGCCAUGGAGUUAGAUAACUUCAGGGUAGGUCUUACUCCUACAGUAUUCUGCAUUCCCGGUUUCAUAACUGACGAACAGCAAACUCAGCUCCUAAAUCAUAUAUAUGGAGCAUCUGGUUCCAAGUGGAAGACAUUAAAGAACAGAAGAUUACAGAAUUGGGGUGGUAUGGUUCAUGAAAAGGGUCUUGUUCCACAAGAAUAUUUCCUCCACGGCAUCAGUGAUAGUCCAACACACUGCUACAACCAGGUCGUUAAUGAAGCUGAAGCUUUGGCUUACUCUAAUUCAAGAAAAGAUGCUGACAAGAUUCUUCACAGAGACCAAACUCGAGUUUCACUUACUUGCCGUUUAGUCCCCAAAGUCCAUAAAAAUCUCUUCAGGCUUUAGAUUGGAUAACACAUGUAGCUAGCUUGUUGCUUUCCUAAUGACACUGGUUGGUUUGUCUUGUCGUUUAUGACUAUAAAAAACGGUACGAUUUGCGACGUGGGAAUAUGAAAAACGUCACGAUUUGUAGUGGGGUAAACUUGAGGACAAAGAUGUUGCAGCGGAUAGGAUUAAAUAUGAGCCCUUCAUUAUUUUCUUA